AUGCCAUUGCUCCAAUUCACCGCUCCCUCCCUCCCGAGUUGCGCACGUCUGCCGUACCUGGCGCUCGUCGCUCUGGACACCCCGUGCUUGUGGGCUGCCGUCGCUGGCUCUUCUGUCGGGCCCCUAUCCGACCUUCGGUUAUACAUGGACAAGGACCUCGAGACACAGCACACAAAUCGUCUCGAGUACACCACUGCCGUCUUGCAAUGGUCGAAGGCCACCCCACUCCAUCUCCAGUUGAACCAGGGCAUGCCCACUGGACCAGUCAGUCCGGCCUUGGGACGCCAUGCAAGCAGAAUCGUCCACCUCUCGGUCCACAUUACCAGCGUCGAUACCGUCGUUGUGCUGUACGGUUUUAUCAAAGCCUACAGGGUCUCAAGCCUCGAGAUGCUGUCUAUCGUGCCGCCGGAUCCCGUCGAGUUUCUGUACAAUUACGACCCAGAGGAUUUCUCGUUCCACACACUCGAACAAGUCGAGUUUCCUGUCCUUCGCGUUUUGUCGGGCGUCCCUCUCGACUUCCUCCCGUAUCUGGUCCGCCCUACGUUGCUCGAAGUACGCAUCGACAAACCGCUCUUUAGGCCUCCAGAGGUAUCUGCCUUGGGGAACCAGGGCGAACGCCUCGUGGCCGCAUUGGAAAAGUGUACAAGAGUCGAGAGCCUUGUGUUGAACUUGCCACUCCCUUUGCGGGAACUGUAUAAAAACCUCUCGCCGCCGGGAUGGGACCCCGAGGUCGACUGGAGUACCCGCAGAAAGGUCACGCUUCCGUCAUUGCAGACCCUGCUCGUGUGUGCCGGUCCCAGCACAUGCGUCGCGUUCUCGAGACUACUUUCAGCCCCUUCAGCCCUCCAUCGCAUCUUCUCCCUCACCAACGCACUACCCGACAGCAGCGCGCAAUGGGACGAGCUCCUCAAGAACCCAGACGUUGGGGCACAAGGUCUAACCCAGCCUCUCUCUGGCUCUGUGUUCACCGUGGCAUCGACUUCGAAAAUUUUAAGCCCAUGCGGAAGCCACAAGCUGAGGGUCGGGCCGUCGCAGACGAACGGCGUGAUCUACAUUCAGUUCGCAGCGGACCGCCGCACCCUCCUCCCCCUCCUCCUGCCGCUGAUCGCGGCGAUGACUGCGCCAGUCCCGCCCGCGGACCUCUCCGUCUCCCCCAUGCACGACGCGGACGACGCACUCAGCCAGGCGACCGUCCUCCUCCGCGCGUUCCCGUCCCUCACGCCCUCUCGCUCAACGGGCCCUGGUGCGACGCACUGCUGCAGGCCCUCGCGCCGCCGGCGCGCCGCCGUGCUGCCCCGCGCUGCGCAAGCUCACCGUGUCGUUCCCGGUCGCCUCGACCCCGGGUGCGCCGGGGUACGCCCUCUGGUGCGCGCUGGCGAUGCGCGCAGACGGCUGGGAGGAGGAGGGAGGGCGGCGCUCGCGGUGCACCGCGCGACGAUCGUGGGCGCGCUCGAGCGGCGGUCCGCGCUCGGUAUGCGUCUCGACGAGCUGCGGUGGGGCGCGGAGGCGUGGAGCACGACCGCGGGGCGGUUUGGGUGGGAGACACGGCGUGUCGGCUGGUGCCACCCGGACAAGGUGGGCGUAGAGAACGGUGAGGAUCUCCGGGGUCUCGUCGAUGGAACCAUUGCGGUGAUGGACUUUACCUACGAGCUUUAG